CCGAACAAAUCCAUGCACAACCGUGGGGCAAGUUUGGGAAGCGAGUCCACCGGCGGCGCGUGGGCGGGCCUAUGCUAAUAAAAGACGCCACUCGUUCUGUGAUUGGACAUGUCGCGUUCUGGCGCAAAGCGAGUAAAGCGGCAUGGUCUCUGGAUUUCGCUUUUCUUGCGCCGCUCUCAGGAUGGGUCGCGGUGGGGGAAUCCUGUGCUGGAAACGCGCCUCUGCCUUCCGCUUCUUGGUGUCCAGUGGUUCCCCCACCGGCAUCAAGAGGCUUCUUUCCACAGAUGAACUCGGUCCUCGCAUAUGUAUUGUCGGCAGUGGUCCUGCUGGGUUUUACACGGCCCAGCAUCUCCUGAAGCACCACAGACUGGCUGAGGUGGAUAUUUAUGAGAAGUUGCCAGUUCCCUUUGGCCUUGUACGUUUCGGAGUGGCUCCAGACCAUCCAGAAGUCAAGAAUGUGAUCAACACGUUUACUCAGACCGCACGCUCUGAUCGUUGUUCCUAUUAUGGGAACGUGACUGUGGGGAAGGAUAUCACUGUGAAGGAACUGCAGAAAGCUUAUCAUGCUGUGAUCUUGAGCUAUGGGGCUGAGGACAAUCGUACUCUUGGAAUUCCAGGGGAGGAUCUUGCAGGAGUUUAUACAGCCAGAGCGUUCGUGGGUUGGUACAAUGGCCUACCUGAAAACAGAGAUCUGAAACCGGACCUGAGCAGUGAGACAGCUGUGAUCCUUGGACAUGGGAACGUGGCCCUGGACGUUGCGCGAAUUCUCCUGUCGCCUCUUGAAAUUCUAAGGAAAACUGAUAUCACUGAGGAUUCGCUGGCAGUCUUGGCCCGCAGCAAAGUGAAGCGGGUACGCCUUAUAGGGAGGAGGGGUCCCCUCCAAGCGGCUUUCACCAUAAAGGAGCUGCGGGAGAUGAUCAAUCUUCCUAGUGUCAGACCUCUCCUAGAUCCUGCAGACUUCAAAGGCCUUGGAGAUGCUAUCAGAGAUGUUCCCAGACCUCGGAGACGGCUGACUGAGCUGAUGGUCAAGACAGCCUUAGAAGAACCUGGAGAAGAAGUGGCCGGCCGUUGGGCUUCAGCAUCCAGAGAAUGGAGCCUGAAGUUCUUGCGCAGUCCUCUGGAAGUGUUGCCUGCCACCGAUGGAAAGCGUGCGAGAGCGAUCCGAAUGGCUGUCACCAGGUUGGAAGGUUCAGGAGAAACAGCCAAGGCAGUUCCCACUGGAGAAGUUGAGGACGUGCUGUGUGGCCUGAUCCUCAGCAGCAUUGGUUACAGGAGCCUCCCAGUUGACCCUGCUGUACCCUUUGACUCCAAGCAAGGGAUUAUUCCAAACAGUUCGGGCAGAGUCCUUGGCGCCCCCGGUCUCUACUGCAGUGGCUGGGUCAAACGGGGGCCUGUGGGUGUAAUCAUCACGACAAUGAAUGACAGCUUUGACACUGCCCAGUCUGUGCUGGAAGACCUGCAGUCUGGUGCUCUGGAUGUUUCCAAGGCCAAGGGAGGCUUUGAACUGGUGAGGAGCGUACUUAAGUCUCGAGGGAUCUGUCCAGUUUCCUUUUCGGAUUGGGAGAAGAUUGAUGCUGCUGAAAUGGCAAGAGGCAAGUUAGGUGGGAAGCCUCGAGAGAAGAUCGUGGAUCCACAGGAGAUGCUCCAGUUGAUCGGCCGCUGAGCUGGAUACCUGUGCUGUCAGAACUGGCCAUGUUCCUGCUUGGCCCUCUCUCAAAGAUGCUUUGUCUCCACAGAAGACAGUAUUACUCCUGAGCCUACGGAACUUCUUAAGGCCCUGAGACUGGGCUGGUUCUGGAUUUUUAGAUGAUGUGAAUUGGUUAAAAGCUUGUUACCUCUCUAGGCAGCAGUGCCCGUUCACAGUCUUGGCCAUCUUUGUACUCCUCUGACCACGAAAGUUACGCCUGAGUGGAUGGUAGUUAGAUUCUAGAAUUGUAGGCAAGCAGUUACCUCACUUCUCUCUCUCUUCCAUAAUUGCUUUAAUUAUUCACAAGAUUCCUUCUCUGCAGCACACUGAGUAUAUAAAAAUUUAAUUUUCAGGGGUAGGUAAACAAUGCCUUAAUCGCUCCUACAGGUUUUUUUCCUAUUGUUAUUUUGCCUAGUUCCAAUUUUUUAUAUUGGGUUGAUAGAACGAACAGUCAAAUGUACAGAGCACUCCAUUUCUAACCUGCUUCAGACUUGGUGGACAUGAGAGGAAAACCAAAGUUAAGGACAUUCAGAGAGGAACUAAACAGGAAUGCAUAAUCAUGGGGACAUGCCAGACAGCAAAGAGAAUGUUGCUCGUCUUUUUCCUUCAGCCUGAAACUCAAAAUUUUUCCGCCUCCCUGACUCCUGUAACUUUGAUGUCAGCGGAAGACAUUUGUAUAAUCUUCUGAAAAUAAAGCUCUUCCUCAAACGGAAGGUUGACUUGGGUCAAGCAGCCUUGGAUUCAGCA